ACUCCACUCUCAUUCACUCGCAUUCUCUCACGCGUGCAGAACCUAUUAUCUGUACUAGUAUAGCAAUGGCAGCUACAAAACCAUUGAAAAUCGUUCUUUUCCUUGGAACUGUACGCGAAAAUAGGCUUGGACUGCGUGUAGCAAAAUUUAUGCAAAACUACCUGGUGAAAACAGGCCAUGAUGUUGAUUUUAUGGAUGCUCAAGAGUUAGAUUUACCUCUGCUCAAAAAACCUCUCCACUUCUACAGAGAUCAGUCAGAGGCUCCACCAUUACUGGUUGAUCUUGGACAGAGAGUGAAGACAGCUGAUGGAUAUGUCAUGGUAUCUGGAGAGUACAACCACUCCAUCCCACCAGCACUUUCAAAUUUGUUGGAUUACUUCCCUGGCAGUUCCUUUUCAUACAAACCUUCAGCAAUUGUCUGCUACUCCCCAGGGCAAUAUGGAGGUAUGAGAGCAGCCAUACAGCUCAGGGCACUUUUAGGUGAAAUCGGAUGUCUCAGUGUUUCAAAUAUAUUUGGAAUCCCUCAGGCUAAUAAAAGUCUGGAUGAAGAAGGCAACCCACAGAAUGAUCACAUGGAGUCCGGAGCCAAGAGACUAAUCACUCAGCUGGACUGGCAUGCUCAUGCCAUGAGAAACCACCGGGAAAGCGUUGGCAUUCCCAAAUAGUAACACAGUGCAACAUUUAGAAUAGAAGAUAGUGUAGGUGUACAUGUAUCAUCAGUAUAAUCAGUACAUAGUCUUUAAGUUAGAGGUGCCGGGGUAGGUAAAAAGGCAUGCAGAGUGGCAUUGCUGGUGAGAGAAAUGAAGGGGCUCGAGCCCUAGACAGACAGCAACCUGACGGCCAUUACUCAUCAGACCAAAAAUGAUACAAGUCUUUGACCAUGUAAUAUUGUCUCAUCAGAACUGCUUGAAAAUGGCCCAAAAAUACUGAGUUUCUCUGAUGAUGAGGAGUAGCCUCCUGGUCCUCCACCCGGUCAAGCGAUGCCUGGUGGCCCUGCUGGCCUUCGCUGCAAAUGGUCAGGCCUCUGUAAACAGCUGUGCCCUUGAGUGUAGAUUUUGGAGCCACUGUUGUGCAUGCCAUAUAGUUUUGAACCUAAAAAUUUAGGGAUCAAUGCUUUGUUUUUUAAUAUUUCAAUUAUGGUAAUAACUUUUCUCCUGUACAGUAGUAUAUAGUGCAAUUUCUUAAGAUACUGUAUAUCAAAUAAUGAAACAUAUAGUACUGUGUGUGAAAGGCAUACUCGUAUGCUGUGUUAUUUUUUUACAUAAAGGUUUUAUUCACUCAAUGACCAAUUUUCUGAUUAACUUGAACAAAUUGAGGGAUCAUAUUGUUGAGAUAAUAAUAACCUUAUAUAAUAUAAUAAUUAUAACCUUGUUUACACAGCCGUUUGCCAUCAAAUAGGUAACACCGAUGAUCUGCAGGUGCACGUCUACACGAUAAAAAACUAUCGGUUGUACCCGGCAGUCACAUGAUUAAAACUGACCUGAAAAAAAUGCGCGCAUUCCUGCUUGUUUUGAAACUCUCUGUCAAAAAUGUAUCUAAUUUGAUAAAAACAUAAUUUUUCAAACAAUAAUAAUGCUAUUCACGCUGUUUAUCAACAGGGAAUUCUGGUGAUGACUCACACAGGUCAAACAACAGCUAAUUUGCAUAAAGAUCACGUCGAUGAUCUAUGUUAACACCGCUGCGAUGCAGAGGUAACUGUGUCAAAUCAUCGCAGUUACUAACUCUGUUUACAAGGCCAUUUGAACACAUAUAUUACAGAUAAACACGAUCAUCACAGUGAUUUUCUGCAAUGUAACCAUGAUUAUUAUUGUUCAAGUGAUUUCAGUUGGCUUUUAAUAUAUUUUGGUUUUACUUAGCCAAAAAACAUAAUGAUGAUCAAAACUGUUGUGGAAAGUGGUAUGUUGUAAAAUAUGUUUUUUGCCUUAGUAUUUAUAAAAUUAUGAAACUUAACUAAAGAUAAUAAUAUUGGUAUAAAACAGUAUUUAUUUUUUAUUCAAUUUUCUUUCAGUAGUGAAGAUAAAACACGGACAUACACAUUCAUUAUAAUCACUCUCACUAAACAUACAUCACUCAAUCUUGAGGGGUGGUGGCAGGAUUUGCCCGAUGGAGUGGAGGGGGCCUGGUGUCCCUGAUGAGAGGAAAGUGGGUGUGGCAUCACUCAAACAGUUUUGAAGGUUGAAGCACCCAAAAAAAUAUGACAAUUUAGAAGUUUCAAAGGCUUGUUUUAUCAAUUUUAUAGAGUCUACUGUUAUGUAGAUAAUACAUAUAAUUUUUCUUUCUCCUCCCCAUCUGGCACCACCCCUGUAUAUCUUAUAUAGUAUACUGAAGUAAAAUCUUGCAUUAAAUUCUUUUCAAAAGUUAUUUAAAAAUAGCUUAUUAAGAGUACAUAUAAUCAAUACUGCAUAUCAUAUUAAGGUCUACUAGUUUCUCUGAUGUAAGCCAUCCACCUUAAACUUGUAAUUUAUUCAUUUUUGGUUUAAACCCGAGGACUAGAAAAUGUAAAUAGUAGACCGGACCUUGUUUCAAGCCAAAAAGCCCAAAUGGUUCGCAACAUGUGUGGGGUUUGCCAAAUUAAAAUGGUCUACUCUGCACAUAAUUAUGGGGUCCGCUAAAAAUUUAGACCAAUUUUUCCCGAUUCCAUUGUUUUUCUCAUCUUACUGCUAGUCAUUAAGAGUUUAGUCAUUAAGAGUUUAGUUAUCAAUAAUGAAAUAGCUAUUCCAAGGGGCCUGUGAAUGCAAAAAGUUUAGGAGCCACUGAUCUAGCCAACUGUAGACCAUCAAAGUUCAUACUAGGCCUUGUAAAGUAAACCUCAGUAUACCAUUAGCAUUUUGAAACUAGAUUUCAAUACAAUCUUCAGUUCAUUCAGAAUCGUAUAAAUAGAAUUUUUAUUCCAAAAUGCAAGUGGUAGAUAUUGAAUAUAUGGUAUGUUGGUCAUUAUAAACACACUUGUGAUUUUUUAAUGAUAAAUUUCAUGUCCAAAGAAUAUCAAGAUGCAAAUGACAGAGUAUAAAAUUUAUUCAAUGAACCAAAGGUCUAAAAUAAUAGUGUUACCAUAUAGGAAAAUAUUUUUUAAAAAGCAGGGUUACAGACUAAAUUUGGAAAGCAUGUGUAUAUGUAUAUAUACAGUACAUGUGUGCCCAACAUUUCCAGGUAUCAUCUGAAAUGGUGUUAACUGCUGAUGACAACAGUUCAAUUUGUAAUUUGCCUUUAUAAUAUUUUUAUCAACUUUCAUAUCUUACAUAAUUUCAAACUUUAUAUAUUUUAUAUUCAAUUUGAGUAAAAUUUGUAAUAAGGUCUCAUUGUACAGUAGGUGUAAUAUAGUAAAAUUAGUGAAGACUGUGGAUUAGGGAUUCAUAUUCACCUAUUUUCAUGCCAGCCAAAUAAAUUAUUGUAAUAUCCUAUUCUUUAGAGAAUAAAAUUUUGAAAAAGUGUU